AUGUGUCCUGACAAUCCUUGUAAGGUGCACACUGAACCAUCAGAGCUGAAAAAUCCACUCCAAGAGUCAGAAGAAUUCACUGUUCGCUGUUCCACAUUUGGUUCGUGCAAUUUUCAUCCUGAAUGGCUCGUCCAUACAUCAGGACAAAAGCAAGAAUGGAUGUCCUCCUCAGCAACUGAUACGAUUAUAGAGACUGAAGAAGAAGAAGGAGGCAGAAAGGUCACCAAAUUGAAGCUCAAAGUGACAUGGAAAGAUGACAACAGGAUUCUGUCUUGUCGUCCAGCAAAUAGGGAGGACAGCUGCCAGAUCAGGAAUAUCACACUGUCUGUGGAAUAUGCACCUAAAGAGACAAAGGCAACCGUGAGCUCUGAAAAUGUAAAGGAGGGAGAUUCUGUCACUCUCUCCUGCACCAGCACAGGUCGCCCUGAUGUCAGCUUCAAGUGGUUCAAAAAAGAGAAAACAGAAAAAGCUCAACAAAUGUCUGACUUGACACUAAUUAGUGUGAAACCAGAAGACAGUGGAGAAUAUUACUGUGAAGCUGAAAACAAGCAUGGAGCAAAGGAAUCAAAUAUCAUUCAAAUUGAUGUGAAGUAUGGUCCACAAGGUGUCUCACUGCAACCUCUGGUCAGCGUUAAAGAUCUCAAAGAGGGAGACAAACUGGCACUCAAGUGUUUAGUCCAGAAAAGUAACCCAACAGUCUAUAAGUUUACGUGGUACAAAAAUGCCCAAGUCCAGAGUGAAACCAGCGAGACAUUCAUCAUCAGUAAAGUUACUGCAGAGGACAAAGGAUCUUACCAGUGCCGGGCUGAUAAUGGCAUAAAAACGGUAACAUCAGAUUACUUCUGGGUUUCUGUAAUGCAUUCACCAAGAAACAUCAAAAUAAAGGGCGUGGCCUCUGUAAAAAUGGGCACUCCACUGACUUUGACGUGCUCUGCUGAUGCUAACCCUCCACCACACAUGUACACAUGGAAGCACAAACCUGGACUGUCUUCUGUCCCAUUAUCAAUGGAAACUGGACAGUUAUACAUUAAGAAAAUGACCAUUCAACAUGCAGGGCAGUACACAUGUGAUGUUACCAACACUAUUGGCACAGGAUCACACACCAUUAAAGUUGAUGUUCUUUAUCCUCCAUCUAAUCUCAGUUUGAUCAUGAAGAAGGAAGUGAGAGAGUUUGAAGUGAUCUCCAUUAUCUGCACGGUUCAAAGCUGCCCUGACUCACACCUCACAGUGACAGGACCUCAGGGUGAUCUGAAAUAUAUUCAGAACAAUCGAAGGAACAGCACUGCAUCUGCAAACAUGUUGACUGUCUACAUGAAUGUCUCUGAGUCAGAUGCAGGAAUGUACACAUGCAAAGCAAAAAAUUCAGAGGGAGAUCGAGAAACUAAACAAGAGCUAAUUGUGUUGCAUGCACCUAAAAAUGUGAGUGCAAGUUCUAAAGGAGAACCGAGAUUUGGGAGUGAGCUGACCCUUACAUGUGAGGCUCACUCCAAACCUGCUCCAUCCUCAUAUGAGUGGAAGAAACGCUUUAAUGGGGCGAAAAAUACAGUCGGACAUAAACGGGAACUACAAUUUAACUCUCUGGAAAUCACUGAUUCUGGUCAGUACGUCUGUAUUGCUCUUAAUUCCAUUGGCAAAACAGAAUCCCCAUCUGUAGAGAUCAAGGUCAAGUAUGCUCCAAACAUAAAUAUUGUCCAUAACAUGACAACUUUAACUCAGCGGAAUAGGGAGAUUCCAGUUUAUUUGACCUGCAGUGCAGUUGCGUAUCCACCCGCCACUGACUACAAAUGGUACAGAGAGGAGGACAACACCACAGUACUAUCACAGCAGAAUGUCACUGUUUGGCCUCAGAACCCAGGAAUGUAUUACUGUACAGCAGUCAAUGCCAUCGGAAAAUCACGAUCCAAUAGCAUCAUGUUAUUUAUCAGUAACUCUCUUACGGUGAUCUACCAGGUCAUCUUACCCAUCAUUCUCCUGUUGAUUCUCAUUGUUGUGGCCGUCUUUCUGAUACGCAGGACUAUCAUCAAGGCAAGAUCAGAUCAGCAAAGUGGAGCAGAUGAUCCAUUCUGCUUUUUUCCAGUAUUCCUGUCACGCUCUUCUACAGUGGCAAACUUACUUUCAUUGGGAUCACGUAAUAAUACCCAGGAAAAUCUGUCAGUGGAGGGCAUUCCUGAUCCAGGUUAUGGAAGGGUUAAUCAAUCACGUCCGACACCCCAUUCCCAAGAUCCUACACGAGCACAGGACCUUAAUCCAAGGCCGAAAUCUAAUACCCACACGGUGUAUGCUGCCAUUAAACUGCCACAAAUGAAACCGGGAAGACAGUCCCCCAAACAACAAAAAACUGGAUAUAUGGACAAUGAAGCAGCUACAUCUACACUAAACUAUGUCACUCUUGAUUUCAAGGGACAAAAUGAGCCAGAUAAAAGAGUACCUGAAGGUUCAGCAGUCUACGCUAUGGUAUCAAAAAAUAAGCAGACAACGAAUUCCCGAUCAGAAAAUCCAGAUUAUGAGAAUGUUACUUCUGCAUGUGUGCCAAAACUUCCAUUCACAAAUAUGGACUGGGAAUCUGAUACCAGCGAAGAAGAAGAGGUGAAUUACACCACUGUGUCUUGUUCCGCCAAGCCUGCUGCUAAACAACCCAAACAUAACCAGAAGAGCCGCCUUAGCAGUUCAAGCUCUGAUGACGAAGAUAUAACUGCAUAUUCAGCCAUAAAAGCAUAAAGGAGUUUCCAAUUUAAGUAUCA